UCUGCGACACUGUGCCUUCAUCUCCGCUGUGUCACCCGAUCGGCGAGAGUGCGCGACCUGCAGCCAUGGCUCUCUUCAGGAAGAAGGAGAAGAAAAAGAAGAAGAAGAACCCGGCGGGCGUCGGCAGGAGGAUGGCCGGCAAGAAGGGGGCGAUCGUGCAGCUGCAGGCGGAGAUCAACACCGACGAGGAGUGGGACAAGAUCCUAGCCAAGGAGGGCCUGCUCGUGGUGGACGUGUACUCGGAGUGGUGCGGGCCCUGCCUCGGCAUGGUGGGCACUCUCAAGAAGCUCAAGCUGGAGGUGGGCGGCGAUCUACUCAACCUGGCUAUCGCUAAGGCGGACGGUAUCGAGUGUCUGAAACGCUUCCGGAAUAAGAGCGAACCCACGUGGAUGUUUAUCGGAAGCGGGCACCUGGUGAACCUCAUGUUCGGGGCGAACGCGCCCCGCCUGAGCCGGAUGAUCGUGGAGGAGCUGGAGAACGAGAGCAAGGUGCUGCGCGGGGAACGCGAGAGGGCAGCGCUGCCGUUUGACGAGCUGACGGAGGAGGAGCGGAUCCGGCACGAGGCCCAGGAGAAGAAGCGCCUGGCUGCGCUCGCCAAGGAGCAGGCGGCUCAAGAACAGGCUAGAAGGCGGGAGGAGCGCCGGAGGAUGCGCUCGCUGAAGGAGCUGCUGCGCGCCGUGGGUCUGGUGGUGUACCUGCAGGCAGCAGACCCCGAGGCCUGCGAGCCCCGGGCGGAUGUUCUGCGCAACCUGGAGGAGGCGGGCCUCCAGCCCAAGGAGCAGCUCUCCCUGGAGGUGCCCGCCGAGAUCGCCGAGAAGCUGGGGGAUGAAGUUCCCACCACCAUCCUGCUGGCAGUUGUCGCAUGUGCCCAGAAUACGCUGACCAGACCCAGGAUUGGCGCAGCACAGCUUUCUGCUCCUCAUCCGUCCACCACAGAGCUGUGGGGCGAGGAGGCGGCAGCGGCGGCGGCGGAGGGUGCAGUGAGGUGCGUGGUGGACGUGGUGGAGGUGCCGCCACCGGGGGCAGAGGAGGCGGCCGAGGGCGAGGAGGAGGCGGCGGAGCCACCCCCAGCGCCCGCCCCCGCCAAGGAGCUGGCCGACGCGCUCGCCGAGCACCGCGAGCUCGUGCUGCGCCGCGCAUACUUCGACGCCUCCGAGCCCGACGAGGCGUCGCGAGUCGCCGACACCGACGAAGACUACCAGGCCGCCGCCGCCGCCAAGCCGCAGACGGACAAGCUGGUGGUGGUGGUGGAGGCGACGCGCGGCGACGCGGUGCUGGCGCUGUCGCAGUUCCAGCCGUGCUACAUCAGCCCGGGGCCAGAGGAGGGCGCCGUCGACGCCGAGGCCUGGUUCCCGCCCUCCGACGACGAGGACGACGACGAGGAGGAGGGCGGCGGGGGUGGCGGGGGCGGCGGGGGCGGUGACGCCGGGGGCGGAGGUGACGCCGGGGGCGACGGGCAGAAAGCUGAUGCUGCUGCCGCUCCCGACGACCAGCAGGAGCAACCGGACCCAGAGGCUGGGGGAGGCGCGUAA